AUGUUUCUCAGCUUGUUUCUCGCAAUCGUCUUCGGGGCUGUGGCGCUCGUGCUGUUUCGUUCCUACGCUAGAUACAAGCUAAACUACUGGAACCGGCGAGGUGUCGAGCAAUUGCCAAACGCUGACCUAGUGUUUGGCCACGUUAAGGACGCCAUGCUCUUCCGCACUGCCCCAGGAUGGCACAUGGGUGUACUCCACAACUCCACCAUCAAUAAGGAUGCACCUUUUGUUGGCUUCUACAUCUUCCACAAGCCGUGUCUGCUGCUUCGCGAUCCCAAGAUUAUUAAAAAUAUUAUGAUAAGCAGUUUUAAAAACUUUUCAAACCGGCACUUUGGAGGAAGUCAACAGAUGGACAGUAUGGGCAUGAUUAAUCUGUUUGGUAUAAAGAAUCCUACCUGGAAAUACCUGAGGUCCAAGAUCACUCCCACACUCAACGGUGGUAGACUAAGGCAAAUGCUGCCUCUGUUGAUGCAGACAACUGAGACGAUGAUGAACUAUCUUAAGGAACAAAGCCAUGAGCCAGAUGAAAGUAUGAUAAUCGAUGCUCAGAAGUUGAGCUACAACUAUACGAAUAAUGCCAUUACCAACAUUGCUCUUGGCAUAACAGUUGACUCCUUUCACGAUCACAACGACCAUACCAAAUUUGGUAAAUAUGCUUUAUUCUAUGGAUUGAAAAGAAAAAUUGCUUUGUUAAACCUGUUUUACAUACCAGAACUGAGUACAUUAUUUGGAUCUUACCUUCAAUCAAACAAAACAUUAAUACGGAGUUGUCUAUGGAAUAGCAUAAAUAAUCGUGAAGAAACUAACAAAAUACGAGGGGAUUUUGUCGAUGCACUUAUCGACCUGAAAAACAGCAAUCAAAAUCCUAUGUACAGUGAGUAA